AUGUCUUCUACCGAGAUCUCCAACGGGGUUUACCGAAUCUCGCUCCGCGGGAACGAAUGCAUCAGCGGCGCUAAUCCCGAUGCUCCGUUGCACCUCCUCCCGCAGGGCAGCCACGAACACCAGCUGUGGGAAGUCAAGAAGCGCGACGACAAUCAGUACCUGAUCACCUUGAAGGGAAAGCCCGAGUUGGGCGUCUCUUAUCCUAAAGGCGCGCAGGGCAUGCAGGUGGUCACGCUCAGCAAAGAUCCUCGACCUUUCAGACUUCAGCCCGCGGAGGGCAACUACAACAUGAUUCCGGUCGAAGUCGAAGACGACCGUCUUGUCAUGUUCAGGGCACCUUUCCAGAUCUACCCUCCCAUGGUCGGCCUUCUCGAGAAGCGCAACAUAUCGGAGACCGGUUGGCGCUUCGAGCGAGCUUGA